UUCUUUGUUGGUGUUAAAUGUUUUGGUUCAGUGUCAGCGGAUCAUUUUUUACAGUGUGCGGUGGUGACUCAGUGUUUGAGUGGCUUCGUGUGUGAAUGUGUGCAGACAGUUGGUCACAGUAACUUUGUUCAUCAUGAAGAUUGCUCUGCUCCUCGCUCUGCUCACAGUCAGUGAAUGCAGCAGCAGUGCAGUUGUUGGUUGGAGAGGUCACAAUGUCACUUUCAGCUGUCGUUAUGACAUCAAGUACCAUGGACCAGAGUGGAUGUGUUGGAAUCGAGGAGAAAUACCAUCAAGAGGCUGCGACAACCCGCUGAUCUCCACAGACGGACGUACAGUUACAACCAGAGCUUCCAGCAGGUAUCAGUUACUGGGACGACUGGAUGAAGGUGAUGUUUCUAUGACCAUCCUGAACCUCACACAGACAGACUCUGGACGCUACGGAUGCAGAGUGCAGAUACCUGGGGCGUUCAAUGACAUCAAACAUCACUUCGAUCUGACCGUUGAGAGAGGUGAGAAACAGAGAGCUCCACUGACGACAUCAUCAACACCAUCAUCAUCAUCAUCAUCAUCAUCAACCAGAGAGACGUCUACAGAGCAAACUGACAAUGAUACAACAGGUCAGCUGACCUCCACAGAGACGAUGCUGACUUCCUCCAGCAGCAGCGGGCAGCUCGAGCAGGGCAGCAGUGUGACUGUGGUUCUGGUGUGCGUUCUGUUCGGGCUGAUCGCUCUGGUCACAGCAGGCGCAAUCAUCAUCAUCGCCAGAAGAUGGAAACAAAUCAACAAAAUCCGUCAGCAGCAGGUCCACAGGUCGGUCCAGUUCAGCUCCACCUCGUCCUCUCUGGAGCUCCACAGACGGUCGGCGGUGGAAAACAUCUACAACAUCGACACUGACAGAGGCGGCGAUGGAGGCGAGUACGAGUACUGCCCCUGAAGGCGUUCGAGGCUCCUGCAGACGGCCACCAGGAGGACUUUAUUAAGGGCCAGGACACUGCUGAGACAGUGGCCCCUGAGGCUUAUGGGUACUGUAGUAUUUGUAUAUAUAUAUAGUAGAAUAUAAUCUUUCUGUAAAACUCCUCCAGCCUGACUGACGUGUAUUUAUUGAAUUAAAGACUGAUUUACUUUUGAA